AUGGUGGCUCGUAAGGGUCUAUCGUCGUCGUCGUGGCUGGAGCACUGGCUCCCUGAGGCGGCUAUGCCGUACGCGAAGCUCGCCCGUCUUGACAAGCCCAUCGGUACCUGGCUCAUCGUGUGGCCAUGUUUUUGGUCAAUCACAAUAGCAACGCGAAAAGGGGAGAUCCCAGACUUGAAAAUGCUGGCACUCUUUGGAUGCGGAUCAGUCAUUUUAAGGGGUCUUGGCUGCACAGUGAAUGAUCUUUUUGAUCGAGACAUUGAUAAGAAGGUUGAGCGGACAAAAAAGAGGCCUUUGGCAUCAGGUGCUCUAACCCCUUUGCAAGGAUUGUACUUCCUUGUAUUCCAGGUCCUACUAUGGUUUGGCUUUCUUCUCCAACUGAAUAACUACAGCAUUAUUCUAGGGGCAUCUUUCCUUGUUCCUGUCUUCACCUACCCAUUGAUGAAGAGGGUCACAUAUUGGCCUCAAGCCUAUCUUGGCUUGGCCAUAAACUGUGGAGUUGCAUUGGGAUGGUCAGCUAUUAAAGAAGACUUAGACUCUGCAAUCAUUCUUCCACUGUAUACUGCUGCAAUAUGUUGGACACUGGUAUAUGAUACAAUAUACGCUCAUCAGGACAAAGAAGAUGACAUCAAAGUAGGAGUUAAGUCCACAGCCUUAUUGUUUGGAGAUAUGACAAAGUACUGUAUUAGUGCAUUUGGUGUUGCAUGCAUUGGCAGCUUAGCACUCAGUGGCUACAAUGCUUACCUUGCAUGGUCCUACUAUCCUUUCCUGAUAGCUUCAGCUGCACAGUUAGCAUGGCAGAUUACGGCUGUCAACUUAUCAAGCCGCUCAGAUUGCAACAAGAUGUUUGUGUCCAAUAAAUGGUUUGGAGCUUUGAUAUUUGGUGGAAUUCUAUCCGGAGUAGUUCUACCAUGA